CCUGUUCUGGUACACUGAUCUAAGAGAAAAGCUUCUUGUUGAAUACAAAUCAAAACCAGUUCAUCAAAGAAUCAUGCAAUAUCUGACUAUACUCUUGUCAGUGACAACUUUGGUAUAUGCUCAGAACGUGCAAACCAAGAUAUUUUCCAUUCAGGAACUACCUGAUGUAGCCAGCAAAGUUCUCCUAAUAGUUACAUGGUCAAAUAAUCCUCAAAAGGAAAUACCAAAAAUAACAAAUUGUGAAAUAUUUUCAGAUGAGAAGAUUGUCGGACACAUUUUAAAGGAGGCUGGAGAGAGUACCGUCAUUAAACCAAGCAUAGAAGAAGUGGUACAUCUUGUUAAAGAUUGCACGGGACUUUUGUCCCGCAACUCAGAGACAGAAAUAUUUCGCACUGCACUUCAGAGAUUUGAGCACUUUAGGGAGAUCAGGAGAAGAGGAUUUCCAAUAUCAAAUGAUGCAGAGAUGAGGACUUCUGAGGAGACUAUGGAAAAAUGGAAAUCUGACUCACAUGAUUCAUGGUACAUUUUUCCGGGAACAAAAUGGUGCGGACCGGGAGAUGUAGCUCAAAGUUUUGAUGAUCUUGGUUCUAGUGCGGAUACUGACAAGUGUUGUAGAGCUCAUGACCUAUGCGAUGACCUACUCAGACCAGGAGAGAAGAAAGAGAAUAUAAUCAACACAUCAUGGUUCACACUGUUGAGUUGCGAGUGUGAUGACGAAUUUUAUGACUGCUUGAAAAAUGUUAGCUCAAAUACUUCUAAUUCCAUUGGCAAUGCGUAUUUCAAUCUAGGUGGGAGCAACUGUUACACUUUAAACUAUCCACUUACAGACAAGUGUUUAAACAGGUACUUAAUCUAUUGCGCAGAAUACGAAAGAAACACGACAGCCCCAAUGGUUUAUGAAUGGAGAAAGGCUAAGUUCUAUGAUAAAUUUCCAAUCGCGACGUAUGGAUAAAGUAUAUCGUUUUGUACUGAAACCACCCGGCAACUGUGUAAGAAACAUCUCAAUUUUUCCAGCUUUGUAUAUUCAAAAUGGAUUUGUAUCUUAAUAAAUGUGAUGCACA